CCAAACCAAACGAAAAGCUUUUCCUCUUUCACUGCGUCUUUCUCUCUAUACACACUCUUUUGACGAACAAAGACGAAGAAGAAGAAGCAAGGAUGUUCAGGAACCAGUACGACACAGACGUGACAACAUGGAGUCCCACCGGUCGUCUUUUCCAAGUAGAGUACGCCAUGGAAGCCGUCAAGCAAGGCUCCGCCGCAAUCGGGCUCAGAUCUCGCUCCCAUGUCGUCCUCGCCUCCGUCAAUAAAGCCCAGUCGGAGCUCUCUUCUCACCAAAGGAAGAUCUUCAAAGUCGAUGACCACAUCGGUGUCGCCAUCGCUGGACUCACCGCCGAUGGCCGUGUGCUCUCGCGUUACAUGAGAUCUGAAUCCAUCAAUCACUCUUUCACCUAUGAGUCUCCUCUCCCUGUUGGCCGCCUCGUCGUUCGUCUUGCUGAUAAGGCCCAGGUAUGUACCCAACGGUCAUGGAAACGACCUUAUGGUGUGGGUUUGCUGGUAGGGGGACUGGACGAGUCAGGAGCCCACCUCUACUACAACUGCCCCAGCGGAAACUACUUUGAGUACCAAGCGUUCGCCAUCGGGUCACGUUCACAAGCUGCGAAAACUUAUCUAGAACGAAGAUUCGAGAGCUUCAAUGAGUCAUCAAGAGAAGAUCUGAUCAAAGAUGCUAUUUUGGCCAUAAGGGAAACUUUGCAAGGGGAGACACUCAAGAGCUCGCUCUGCACCGUUUCUGUUCUAGGAGUCGAUGAACCAUUCCAUUUCUUGGACCAGGAUAGCAUACAGAAGGUGAUUGAUACGUUUGAGAACGUUCCCGAGGAAGAGGAGGAUGGUGGUGAGGCCGAGGCUGAAGCUGCUGCUGCAGAACAAGGUGGUGCAGGUGAUCAGGAUGUUGCACCAAUGGAAAUGUGAGAAAGUGAGAGUGUUAGAGUUUGAUCACAAAUAACUUUGGAAUUAUAACUGUGUCCGUCUUUAGCUCUUUGGUGUUAAAGUUCCAAGCUGAAUUUAAAAAUCAGUCUAUGUCCCAAGUAUUUUGCUUUUUACUCAGCGUGAAAUCUUUGUGUGUUUUUUUUGAGGUUACAAUUUUCAGUAAUAGUUUUUACCUAAGCAAAC